AACAUGGCGGAAGGGCCCGGGGCGCGCCGGUGUGCGGCGCGCUGGCGAUCGGAGGCCCGGGAACUGUAGCCGCCGCCGCAGCCGCCGCGGGGCGAGGUCGCCGCCAUGGCCCGCUGGAUCCCGACCAAGAGGCAGAAGUACGGGGUUGCGAUCUAUAACUACAACGCCUCUCAAGAUGUGGAGCUGUCCUUGCAGGUUGGAGACACGGUUCACAUCCUGGAGAUGUAUGAGGGUUGGUACAGAGGAUACACUCUCCAGAAUAAAUCUAAAAAGGGUAUUUUCCCUGAAACGUACAUCCAUUUGAAAGAGGCCACUGUGGAAGACCGCGGGCAGAACGAGACCGUGAUUCCUGGGGAGCUGCCCCUCGUGCAAGAGCUUACCUCCACACUGCGGGAAUGGGCUGUCAUCUGGCGCAAGCUCUACGUGAACAACAAGGUCACGCUCUUCCGUCAGCUGCAGCAGAUGACGUACAGCCUGAUUGAGUGGCGGUCCCAGAUCCUGUCUGGCACCCUCCCCAAAGAUGAACUGGCAGAGCUCAAGAAGAAGGUCACAGCCAAGAUUGAUCACGGGAACAGAAUGCUGGGGUUGGAUCUGGUCGUGCGGGAUGACAAUGGGAACAUCUUGGACCCAGAUGAAACCAGCACCAUCGCCCUCUUCAAGGCCCAUGAAAUGGCCUCAAAGAGGAUUGAGGAAAAGAUCCAAGAGGAGAAGUCCAUUCUGCAGAACCUGGAUCUGCGGGGCCAGUCCAUCUUCAGUGCUGUCCACACCUACGGCCUCUUCGUGAACUUCAAGAACUUUGUCUGCAAUAUCGGGGAAGAUGCAGAGUUGUUCAUGGCCCUCUAUGACCCGGACCAGUCCAAGUUCAUCAGUGAAAACUACCUAAUUCGUUGGGGUAGUAACGGAAUGCCCAAGGAAAUUGAGAAGCUCAAUAACCUUCAAGCGGUCUUUACUGACCUUAGCAGCACAGACCUCAUCCGGCCCCGCAUCAGCCUCGUGUGCCAGAUUGUUCGGGUCGGCCACAUGGAGCUGAAGGAGGGCAAGAAACACACAUGUGGGCUCCGGAGACCCUUUGGCGUCGCAGUGAUGGAUAUUACUGAUAUUGUACAUGGCAAGGUGGAUGAUGAAGAAAAGCAGCAUUUUAUUCCCUUUCAACAAAUUGCCAUGGAAACCUAUAUCCGACAGAGGCAGCUAAUCAUGUCGCCCCUGAUAACAUCCCACGUGAUCGGGGAGAAUGAACCACUCACGUCAGUCUUGAAUAAAGUGAUAGCAACCAAAGAAGUGAAUCACAAAGGACAAGGACUUUGGGUGUCCUUGAAGCUAUUGCCAGGAGACCUCACGCAAGUUCAGAAAAAUUUUUCACACUUGGUUGAUCGAUCCACAGCUAUCGCACGGAAGAUGGGCUUUCCUGAGAUAAUCCUUCCAGGAGAUGUUCGGAAUGAUAUUUAUGUCACCCUGAUCCAUGGGGAGUUUGACAAGGGGAAAAAGAAGACACCAAAGAACGUGGAGGUGACCAUGUCUGUACAUGACGAGGAGGGCAGGCUCUUGGAGAAAGCGAUUCAUCCUGGUGCUGGAUAUGAAGGCAUUUCUGAGUACAAAUCAGUGGUGUAUUAUCAAGUCAAGCAGCCCUGUUGGUGUGAGACCGUCAAGGUGUCCAUUGCUAUAGAAGAAGUUACUCGCUGCCAUAUAAGAUUUACCUUCCGACACCGGUCGUCUCAGGAAUCCAGAGAUAAAUCAGAGCGAGCCUUUGGCGUGUCCUUUGUGAAGCUGAUGAACACGGAUGGCACCACUCUGCAGGAUGGGAGACAUGAUCUGGUGGUGUAUAAGGGUGACAACAAGAAGAUGGAAGAUGCUAAAUUCUACCUGACCUUGCCUGGAACCAAGGUGGAGAUGGAAGAAAAGGAGCUCCAAGCAUCUAAAAACACAGCCAGCUUUGCACCAGCCAAGGACAGCACAAAGGACAGCUUUCAGAUUGCCACCCUCAUCUGUUCCACAAAGCUCACCCAGAAUGUUGACCUGUUAGGCUUGUUAAAUUGGCGCUCGAGCCCUCAGAAUAUUAAACACAACUUGAAGAAGUUAAUGGAGGUGGAUGGAGGAGAGAUUGUGAAGUUUUUGCAAGAUACACUAGAUGCACUUUUUAACAUCAUGAUGGAAAUGUCAGAUGAUGAAACAUAUGACUUCCUCGUGUUUGAUGCACUGGUGUUUAUUAUUUCACUGAUAGGAGACAUCAAGUUCCAGCAUUUCAACCCUGUUCUUGAGACCUACAUUUACAAGCACUUCAGCGCCACGCUGGCCUACGUGAAACUCUCCAAGGUACUGAACUUUUACGUGGCACAUGCAGAUGAUUCCAGCAAGACGGAAUUGCUUUUUGCGGCUUUGAAAGCCUUGAAGUACUUGUUUAGGUUCAUCAUCCAAUCUAGAGUACUCUACCUGAGAUUUUAUGGCCAAAGUGAAGAUGGAGAUGAAUUUAGUAAUUCAAUCCGCCAGUUAUUUCUUGCUUUCAAUUCACUGAUGGACAGGCCUCUGGAAGAAGCUGUCAAGAUCAAGGGGGCAGCCUUGAAGUACCUUCCUAGCAUCAUAAAUGAUGUCAAACUUGUGUUCGAUCCUAUUGAACUCAGUGUGCUCUUCUGCAAAUUCAUCCAGAGCAUCCCCGACAACCACUUAGUUCGCCAGAAGCUUAACUGCAUGACCAAGAUAGUGGAGAGCAGUCUUUUUCAGCAGUCGGAGUGCAGGGAUGUGCUGCUUGCUCUGCUGAUAGACCAGCUCAGCGGCCAGUUAGACGACAACUCCAGCAAACCUGACCACGAGGCCAGCUCGCAGCUUCUAAGCUACCUCCUGGAGGUUCUGGACAGGAAGGAUGUGGGCCCCACGGCGAAGCACAUACAGCUGGUAAUGGAACGACUACUGAGAAGGAUCAACCGGACCGUGAUUGGGAUGAGCCGACAGUCUCCCCAUAUUGGGAGUUUUGUUGCUUGCAUGAUCGCCAUCCUGCGGCAGAUGGACGACAGCCACUACAACCACUACAUCAGUACUUUCAAAACCAGACAAGACAUCGUAGACUUCCUCAUGGAAACUUUUAUCAUGUUUAAGGAUCUAAUUGGAAAGAACGUCUACGCUAAAGACUGGAUGGUCAUGAAUAUGACACAGAGCAGGGUUUUCCUCCGUGCCAUAAAUCAGUUUGCUGAGGUUCUCACCAGAUUCUUCAUGGAUCAGGCAAGCUUUGAACUUCAGCUCUGGAACAAUUACUUCCAUUUGGCAGUAGCAUUUCUCACCCAUGAGUCCCUUCAGCUUGAAACCUUCUCACAAGCCAAGCGCAACAAAAUUGUAAAAAAAUACGGGGACAUGAGGAAGGAGAUCGGCUUCAGGAUCCGGGACAUGUGGUAUAACCUAGGUCCCCAUAAAAUCAAAUUCAUCCCAUCCAUGGUGGGUCCCAUUCUGGAAGUCACAUUAACCCCCGAAGUAGAGCUUCGGAAAGCCACCAUCCCUAUUUUCUUUGAUAUGAUGCAGUGUGAGUUCAAUUUCAGUGGAAACGGCAAUUUCCAUAUGUUUGAGAAUGAGUUGAUCACAAAGCUGGACCAGGAAGUAGAAGGGGGCAGAGGAGACGAACAAUACAAGGUCCUUCUGGAAAAACUGCUCCUAGAACAUUGCCGGAAACAUAAAUACCUCUCCAGUUCCGGAGAAGUAUUUGCACUCCUGGUCAGCAGCCUCUUAGAGAAUCUCCUGGACUACAGAACCAUCAUCAUGCAUGACGAGAGCAAGGAAAACCGCAUGAGCUGUACCGUUAACGUGCUGAAUUUUUACAAAGAAAAGAAGAGAGAGGACAUCUAUAUAAGGUACUUGUACAAGCUGCGGGACCUGCACCGGGACUGCGAGAACUACACGGAAGCGGCCUGCACGCUCCUCCUGCAUGCCGAGCUCCUGCAGUGGUCUGACAAGCCCUGUGUACCCCAUUUGCUUCAGAGGGACAGUUACUACGUGUACACCCAGCAAGAGCUUAAAGAGAAGCUAUAUCAAGAAAUCAUAUCAUAUUUUGACAAAGGCAAGAUGUGGGAGAAGGCAAUCAAGCUGAGCAAAGAGUUGGCGGAGACGUACGAGAGCAAAGUUUUUGACUAUGAGGGCCUGGGCGAUCUCCUGAAAAAAAGAGCCUCGUUUUAUGAGAACAUCAUUAAGGCCAUGAGGCCUCAGCCCGAGUACUUUGCUGUUGGCUACUACGGACAGGGCUUCCCUUCUUUCCUGCGGAACAAGAUCUUCAUCUACCGGGGGAAGGAGUAUGAGAGGCGAGAAGACUUCAGCCUGCGGCUGCUGACCCAGUUUCCCAACGCUGAGAAGAUGACCAGCACCACCCCCCCAGGAGAUGAUGUCAAGUCCUCCCCCAAGCAGUACAUGCAGUGCUUCACUGUCAAGCCAGUGAUGAGCCUUCCACCCAACUACAAGGAUAAACCAGUUCCGGAGCAGAUCUUAAACUACUACAGAGCCAACGAAGUGCAGCAGUUCAGGUAUUCUCGGCCGUUCCGGAAAGGAGAAAAGGAUCCUGACAAUGAGUUUGCUACCAUGUGGAUUGAAAGGACCACAUAUACGACUGCCUAUACCUUCCCUGGGAUCCUCAAGUGGUUUGAAGUCAAACACAUCUCAAUAGAGGAAAUCAGUCCUCUGGAGAAUGCCAUCGAAACCAUGGAGCUCACCAAUGAGAAGAUCAGCAACUGUGUCCAGCAGCAUGCCUGGGACCGGUCCCUGUCUGUGCACCCCCUCUCUAUGCUGCUCAAUGGCAUCGUGGACCCGGCUGUCAUGGGGGGCUUCUCCAACUACGAGAAGGCAUUUUUUACAGAUAAGUACUUGCAGGAGCAUCCUGAAGACCUGGAGAAGAUUGAGCUGCUAAAGCGGCUGAUAGCUUUGCAGAUGCCUCUGCUGACAGAGGGGAUCCGCAUCCAUGGGGAGAAGCUGACGGAGCAACUAAAGCCACUGCAUGACCGGUUGUCUUCCUGCUUCCGGGAACUCAAGGAGAAAGUGGAAAAGCGCUAUGGGGUCAUAACACUGCCACCCAACUUGACCGACCGGAAGCAAAGCCGCACAGGGUCUAUGAUGAUCCCCUACAUCAUGUCGUCCACGCUGCGGAGGUUGUCCGUCACUUCAGUGGCCUCCUCUGUGAUCUCCACCUCUUCUAACUCAUCUGAUAACGCUCCUUCCCGACCAGGAUCUGAUGGGUCCAUCCUGGAGCCACUUUUGGAGCGCAGGGCCUCGUCAGGGGCCAGAGUGGAAGAUCUGUCCCUCAAAGAGGAGAGUGAGACUCGGGCGAGCAAGUUCAAAAUUAAAGACUGGAGUCUGAGCAAGUCCCAGGUCAUCGCAGAGAAAGUGCCAGAACCUGAUCUGAUGAGCCCAGCCAAGAAAUCUCAGAGACCCAAGAGCCUCCAGCUGUCGGACAAUCGGCUGACACCAUUUCCUGGCGCUUCACCUCCACAGUCAACGACCCUGAGCCCACCCCCACUCACUCCUAAAGCAACCAGGCCCCUGAGCUCCCCAUCGUUGCAGACAGAUGGACCAACAAUGGCUAAUGUCCCACCGCCCCCUCCCCCCAAAAGCAAGCCCUAUGAGGGCAGCCAGAGGAACUCCACCGAGAUUGCGCCCCCACUGCCUGUCCGAAGAGAAGCCAAAGGCCCACCCCCUCCACCUCCAAAAGUACGGAAAUCUGGCAUCCUUUCUUCUGAGCCUGGAUCCCAGUAAGGAUCUUAUCCUCUCUCUGGAGCUCUGAGCACCUGGACCACGGAUGCCUGGGUAUUGGCCUUAGAGAAGCAGGGUCCUCAUUGCCCAGGGUCCCUGCUGGCUGCCUUUCCUGAUCUGGAAUUGGGGUUCGCCAGCCCAACACUGGUUUCGUCUUUUCAAAAACCUCUUUUUGGUCCAUGCCUGAGGCCCUGCCAUUUCUCCUCCAACCCAUGUAGAAUUCCACAGUUGGCCACUUCCUGUAUUUCUCCCUCACCAUUAUGACAUUUCAGCCUCCAGCACAGAACCACCAGGGUCUCCAGGAGCCUGGAUAAGUUCUUCGUUGGUGCUGGGAAAAUCCUCACAAACCUACUCCUUAGAGGAAUUUCCUGCUUUGCUUCUGAAAAGCUGUACUUAAGACAUUGUUUUCUCAUGUGGACACACCCUGUAAUAUAACCUAUUGGAAGAGACCAACAUCAAGUACUUUGGUAGCAAAAUUAUCUCUCUUUCUGAGGUGUCCCUGUGCUGGGUUUUUCUUUUUUUUUUUUUGGUGGGAAAGAACAUCUUUUUCAUGGAGAUUGGCUGCUUUCAAGUAGGAAUGGCUAUCAUCGUUGAAGAACAUGGACUUAACCGAGAGCUCUGAGCUCCUGUGUUUCCCCCACCCCAACCCACCUAAACUGCCCCCCUCCACCUUCCCAGGAGUUCCCCACACUCCCGACUAACGGUCCUCUCUGCACGGCAGUCACAUCUUCCUACCACGGACUCCUGAGGCUCUGACUUUUGCACAGUUUCUUCUAUUACCUCGGAGCUCAGAUCACUGGAUAUAAGGGACUUAGAAGUCUGGAUUGAACUGCUUUGCUUCGAGAUCUCAUUGGAAUGGUUUGGUGGCCCCCCAUCUGCAACCUGAUUUUAUCCUGGAGAAUACAGUGCAAUAUCUCUCGUUGAUUAUUUAUUCCUUCUUGAUUGUUGAAUUGAUUCGAUGAUGUGUUUACGGUACCCUCAUCAGUCCUCUUUUCAGAAGAAAAGGUGGAGUGAUUCAGAGGAUCAGAUAUUACCAGCAGAUGCAUAAACAGCCACACAGAAUUAAAGAUCUUUUGAGCUUGAAGGCCCUUAAAAGUCCUACAAUACCCCCGCACCAUUUUGUAGAUAAGGAAAUUGAGGCUAAACACAGAAAAUCCUACUACAGACUCUUCCUAAUAACCCAGCUUGCUCAUUGAGUUUAUACCUGGAUAACAUCUCUGGAAGACAACCCUGAUGAAUUCUUCAAUCCCUACCCCUAGCUGGAACAACAGUGGGAAUGUCCCAGAUAAUUUCUGUACUACUUAGCUUUUUAUGGCAAAAUAGAAAACAUUUAGGGUAUGGAUGCCCUGGGUCAGCCUGUGGGUAUGCUCACCAGGGACUCUUGCGCAGCCUGGCCAGGUCACCUUGCCUUUGAGGUCCAGGAGAGGUGGGGGGUUUCCCAGAUGGCUCAGUGGUAAAAGAAUCUGCGUGCCAAUGUAGGAGACACAGGAGAUUUGGGUUCAGUCUCUGGGUCAGGAAGAUUCUUUGGAGAAGGAAAGGGCAACCCACUUCACUAACCUUGCCUGGAGAAUCCCAUGGACAGAGGAGCCUGGCGGCUAUAGUCCUUAGGAGCCGGACACAACUGAGUGAGCACACACACAGGGGAGAGAAAGAUUUAACUUCCAAAAAUUUGGGUUUGCUUGCCUGCCUCUGGGUGCCGGUUUCACCACCACUCCUUCUAGGAGAGAAGUGUAAAUUCAUCACAGCAUCCGGGAAGUAAAGCCUCUGAGACGUGUCCGGGGUCACUGAAGGGAUGAGAAUGCAUAUUUGCUAGUGCUGUGUUUUCUCUUUGGCUCCACCCGGAGCACUCGCGUGUGAUGUAGCAGAAAGAUGUGAAGAAGCCAGGGCUCUAGAAGUAACCCGUUCAGGUUUGAAUCAACCCAGCUAUGGCCUCUCUCAGCUUUGCACACCCCCUUGAAUUAUUUUAAAUUCUCUUGAGCUUUUUUCAGCUUUCAAAAUGGAGGUCAUCCCUCCCACACAGACUGCCGGGGGUUCAAGUGAGGCUGACUCUGUGAAGUAGAUCCUCACUCUGUGGGCCUUUCUUGUCUCUGCUGGGCCUGCAUAAUAUUUGAAGCUCUCCACAAGCAUGAUCAAUGUUCAUUUUUGUUUUUUUAGAAGAUAAUUUGGAGGGUGAGUGCAGAUUAGUUCUGCACACAACAGUCCCUUUCCAAAAGGUAGCAUCUUGUAUAUAACUAGGGACAAAUUGUUAAUAAGACCUGAAGACAGGGGACUUCCUUGGUGGUCUAGUGGUUAAAAUUCCACCCUUCCAAUGCAGGGGGUGUGGGUUCGAUCCCCAGUUGGGGAACUAAGAUUCCACAUGCCAUGUCGUUCGGCCAAAAAAAAUUUUUUUAAAGAUCUGGACUUGAUUUUAAGUGGCAUGAGAAGAGGAGGAAGAGACAACCUGCAGGGCUGACCUGAAACCCAGAGCAGCCUCUGAGAAGUUGCAAGGCAGACUGACUGGAGGGGCUUCAUGAGCUUUAUAUCCGGCCAUUAAAAUAGAAGGAUGUAAGCUAAGUCAUAAAAGAAAGAAAUCUGAAGCAUGUUCCUUUCAAGUCACAAGGAUGACUUGUAAGUUCUGGCCUUUGGUCAGAAGUUGGGGCUUCCUGAGGGGCGCAGUAGUACAGAAUUCUGCCUGCUGACGCAGGAGACAAGGGUUUAAUCUCUUGAGUCAGGAAGAUCCCCUGGAGGAGGAAAUGGCAACCCACUCUAGUAUUCUUGCCUGGAAGAUCCCAUGGACAGAGAAGCCUGGCGGGCGACAGUCCCUGGGAUCAGGAUUAGACAUGACUGAGCACACACACAGAGACAUCAAAUAGACUGGUGCCCAAAUACAUUUCCUUUUUUAAUAUAACGUUUUCCCAUAUGAUUCCCUUCCCACAUUCACGCAAAUCCUGGAUCUCUCCUGCCUGAAUACACAGGAUUCCAGAUCAUGUGGUGAAUAAGUCCAGGGGACACUGGACUGCUCACCCUUGAUCAGAAAGAGUCCCAUUUGACAAAAGAUCCUAAGUAAUGUCUGUCCUGAAGUCAAAGAGGGAAGCUGCAAAGAGAUGCUUUAGGAUUACCAUAAAGGUAGGUGAAAUAUUGAAGAAACAACUGGUCCUUAUUUUCCUUGAUAAGAACUCUGAUGUAUUGAAAGCCCUUGGAAGUAGCCCCCAAAUUGUCACAACCUUUGUGGAUGUUGGUUUAUGGAAUUUUUGUUUGAAAUCUUUUCUCCCCCCGCCUCCAUCUUGGUGACUUGUCUUGUUUUGAUUUUUUUUUUUUCAAGAAUCGUUUCAUUCAGCAUAGAUUAAGCUCUUACUGAAUGCCAGACACUGUCCUAAACACCCAGGUUGUGACAAUCCAGUAUGUUCAAAGGGAGCAGCCCCAGAUACGAGGAUUGUGGUAUGUCACGGGAGUGGCAAGAGAGUGGCAUUGGACUUAAGGGAAACCAUAAAUAAGGUGCUGGGCCAGGGGUUGCUUUCUCCUUCUCCGCCUUCAUGCCUUGAUUCUGAAAUUACAGUUGUUUUCCCCUGUCAGAGAGACCCAUUAAAAAAACAACCGCCACCCUCAGAUCGCUAAAACAGAGCCAGAGAUCAAGCAGGAUGUGAGAUUAUAAGCUGCCUUUUCUAACUCUAAGCUUGGAGACUCCUUUCCCUCUCCUUGCCCUUGGGUCACCGGGUGAUUUCUUGUUUUGACAUUCAGGCGUAACAUUCAGACAGUUAAGGUCACAAAUCUUAGGUGUACAGCUGAAUCCAAUUUGAUAAUAGUGUGCACUCAAGUUAAAACCACCUCAGAGAGCCACAGGCUUCCAGCCGCAUGGACGUCUCCCUGGCAUCCGUGCUGUCAUUUAUCAAAGGCAUUUAGAAGACCCUUCCAUUUGUACUGUCCUUCCUGUCAUUUUGCAGGUUUAAUGAAAAGGGAAGGAAAAAACCCUACUAUCAACACACAAGAAGACGCUAUAAAGGGUGUACGUUUGGCAGGUCAAUUUGGUCAGUCCCUGGACCUUAACCUGAAUUUCUUCAUAUAAAGUACAUGUAUACAUAUAUAUAUGUGUGUGUGUAUGUGUGUAUUUGAGGUUACAUGGUUUUUUUAGGAUCCUUUUAGGCCUAGCUAGAACUUUAAAGUGAAUGAAAAAGAGGGGUGGAGAGUCAGAAGAAUUUCUUCCAAAGCUUUUAAAUCCUUACCUCAUGACUAAGUAGUAUUGUAAAGUUAAAUUGGAAAAGGUAAGUUGCCCUUAGGGUGGGUUGAGAGUGGAAUUACCAGUUUUACUCUACAAAAGGAGAAUGCUUUCCUUUUAAGUUCAUGAUUUCAGGCUGAUGCUUACAGUCCAGCCAAGGCUUAUCUCCUUUCUGUGCGUCCCAGACUCAUCCAUUAGCCACAUUUUGUGAAUUGUUCAUCCAAACUUUGUCAAAAGCCCAGUUGCCUUGAUUGUGUGAACUAGUUGGAUUUCAAACACAAAGGGGUAAGAAGAUAUGCACUGAAGUAGAAAACAUUUUGUUCAGAUUUGCUGUAAUUUAUUUUUAAAUUAAAACUGGAAAUGUAUUUUAAA